AACACUGUAACUUAUUCCCUUGUGAUUUUUUUACCAACAGAAACUCAUAUUUGAGAGGCCACCUCAAAAUGUUCGGAAAAUUGUACUUGCUACAAAUAUGGCUGAGGCGAGUAUUACUAUUAAUGAUGUAGUGUUCGUAGUCGAUUGUGGAAAAGCAAAGGAGACAACUUAUGAUGCACUCAAUAAUACACCUUGUUUGCUACCUUCGUGGAUAUCACAAGCCUCUGCUAGACAGAGAAGGGGUAGGGCUGGUCGUGUGCAGUCAGGCGAGUGCUACCACUUGUACCCACAAUGUGUUUAUGAAGCUUUUGCAGAGUAUCAAUUACCUGAACUUCUAAGAACUCCUCUCAAUUCUCUUUGCCUGCAAAUAAAGAGUUUGCAAGUUGGAAGUAUUGCAGAAUUUCUAUCUGCAGCUCUUCAACCACCAGAACCAUUGGCUGUACAAAAUGCUAUUGGAUUUUUGAAGAUGAUUGGUGCAUUAGAUGAACAUGAGAAUCUUACGUAUCUGGGUAAAUAUCUAUCGGUUCUUCCUGUGGAUCCUAAGCUUGGGAAAAUGCUAGUUAUGGGUGCUAUUUUCCGUUGCUUUGAUCCCAUUUUGACCAUUGUUGCUGGUCUUAGUGUCAGGGAUCCUUUUCUUUUGCCUCAGGAUAAGAAGGAUUUAGCAGGGACAGCAAAGUCCAGAUUCUCAGCAAAGGACUAUAGUGACCACAUGGCUCUUGUCCGUGCCUAUGAAGGAUGGAAGGAUGCUGAAAGAGAAGGAUCUGCGUAUGAGUAUUGUUGGAGAAACUUCCUUUCCGCUCAAACUCUUCAAGCUAUUCAUUCCCUUCGCAAGCAGUUCUCCUUCAUCUUAAAAGAUGCUGGAUUGCUUGAAGCAGACAAUGCAACUAAUAACAAGCUAAGUCACAAUCAAUCAUUUGUCCGUGCUGUCAUAUGCUCUGGUUUAUAUCCUGGAAUUACUUCUGUAGUGCACAGAGAGACCUCAAUGUCUUUCAAGACAAUGGGUGAUGGUCAAGUUUUGCUAUAUGCAAAUUCUGUGAAUGCACGCUAUCAAACAAUUCCAUACCCUUGGUUGGUGUUCGGUGAAAAGGUGAAGGUCAAUACUGUCUUCAUACGCGAUUCUACUGGAGUAUCUGAUUCAAUUUUAAUCCUUUUUGGGGGUAAUCUUGGCAAUGGUGCUACGGCUGGGCAUUUGAAAAUGUUGGAUGGUUAUCUAGAAUUCUUCAUGGAUCCCAGUUUGGCCGAGUGUUACAUGAACCUCAAAGAGCAGCUUGAUGAGCUUGUGCAAAAGAAGUUAAAUGAGUUUCACAUUAGCUUUACUUACUCUCGUNUACUUGAUGCAAAUAUAGCCUAUGACUUGUGUGCAUUUCAUGUUCAUCUUUCCUUCUUCGUCUCUCUCUCUCUUUAA